AUCAUGACGUUACUUAAAAUAUAAUACCUCAUUCUAACUUAUACUAAUUGUUAAAUAUUAGUCCAUGUUUUUGAGACUUUGUGUUCAUUACUUUCCAAAUCUAUCUGCUUACCGUUUGUCUAUAUCCUCAUGGCAUGUACAUCCUAUUCUACAUGAAGCAGCUACGUUGAAAUUGCACAACUCAAGAGUUUAUUUUAAUUUUUUCAUUACAUAGUCAUAAAUUAAAUAGUAAAACUACUCUUUUUAUAUAUUGCUAAAUAUUUAUUAUUUUAAAAUUUAUUAAAAUUCCUAAAAAUGGAUAAUAAUGAUAUUAUUGAUGAAGAACAACUUGAACCCUCUCUACAAAACGUAAUUAGCCAGGAUAGUUUAAAAUGGAUAUUCGUUGGUGGAAAAGGAGGUGUUGGUAAAACUACUUGCAGUUGUAGUUUGGCUAUUCAAUUAGCUAAAGUUCGUGAAUCAGUACUUCUAUUAUCAACUGAUCCAGCACACAACAUAUCUGAUGCUUUUGGACAACGAUUCACCAAAGCACCUACAAAAGUUGAAGGUUUCAAUAAUUUAUUUGCUAUGGAAGUUGACCCUGAUGUUCACAGUGAAAAUGAAAAUUUCCUUGGAGGUGAAGAUGAAUCUGAUACAAUGCGGUUAGGUAAAAGUAUUAUACAAGACAUUAUAGGAGCAUUUCCAGGUAUUGAUGAGUCAAUGAGUUAUGCUCAAGUGAUGAAGUUGGUUAAGAGUAUGAACUUUUCAGUUGUUGUAUUUGACACAGCUCCUACUGGACAUACUUUGAGACUAUUAACAUUUCCUUUGAUGAUGGAAAAAGCUAUAGGAAAAAUUUUGGAAUUGAAAAAUAGAAUAGGCCCUUACCUAAAUCAAAUGAGUAUGCUUUUUGGAGCAGGUAUUAAUGUAGAUGAUAUUUCGCAAAAACUUGAAGAAAUGUUAGCUACUAUUAAAACAGUUAAUCAACAAUUCAGAAAUCCUGAUCAAACCACAUUUGUUUGUGUAUGUAUUGCUGAAUUUUUGUCAUUGUAUGAAACGGAAAGGCUUAUCCAAGAAUUGACCAAAAAUGAAAUUGAUACCCAUAAUAUUAUUGUUAAUCAAUUGUACAUUAACAAUGGUGAUUCAGAUCCUAGUUGUAAAAAGUGUUCUUCUAGACGAGCGUUACAGAGUACCUAUCUAGAACAGAUAAAUGAUUUGUAUCUUGAUUUCCACGUUACUAAGCUUCCAUUGUUAGAAAAAGAAGUACGAGGUGUUACUGAUUUAUCAGAGUUUUCGAAGUACUUAUUGGACCCAAAUUAUGCUUUUAAUAAAAACAAAUAAAAAC